AUGGGGAUGCUGCUGCCCGGGGAGCGCGGCUGGCUGCGGGGGCUGCGCGCGGCGCUCCUGCGCCGGCUGCAGGGCGAGAAGUCCUGGGAGAGGAAGCUGGACGAGAUCAACCUGCUGCAGCAGAAGAGGAUUUGGGAGUCUCCUCUCCUCCUAGCUGCAAAGGAAAAUGAUGUCCAAGCCCUUCAGAAACUGCUUGCCAGCUGCAGCUGUGACGUUCAUGAGAGAGGAGCUGUAGGGGAGACAGCCCUUCAUGUCGCUGCCUUAUACAAUAGCAUUGAAGCUGCUCAGCUCCUGUUGAACACGGCUCCAGAACUAGUGGAUGAAGCUAUGACAUCAGAGCUGUACACAGGACAGACGGCUCUGCACAUUGCUGUGGUGAACAAAAACCUGAGUCUGGUGAAAGCUCUGCUUGAAAAUGGGGCAGAUAUUAACAGCCCUCGAGCCACUGGAUAUGUCUUCAGAUACAGGAGUGACAACCACAUCUAUUUUGGAGAGCACAUUUUAUCUUUCGCAGCCUGCUCGGGGAGCGAGUCAAUUGUGCAGCUGCUGAUUGAAAACGGUGCCGACACCCGAGUAAAAGACUCCUUAGGUAAUACUGUCCUCCACAUCUUAGUUCUCCAGCCCAACAAAGCAUCUGCAUGUCAAAUAUACAAUCUGUUUCUCUGCUACACGAAGGAAGACAGGGAGCUAGGAGCCCUGGACUCAAUUCCGAACAAUGAGGGGCUCACUCCGUUUAAAUUGGCUGGUGUAGAGGGCAACACUGUGAUGUUCCAGCACCUAAUGCAAAGAAGGAAGCACAUCCAGUGGACCUUUGGGCCUUUGUCAUCCACCUUAUAUGACCUCACGGAAAUUGACUCAUGGGGUGAUGAUCAAUCUCUCUUGGAGCUUAUUGUCACCACUAAAAACAGAGAGGCUCGGCGAAUCCUAGAUCUGACCCCUCUGAACGAGUUGGUAAACCUUAAGUGGAAUAAGUAUGGAAGGCCUUAUUUCUGCAUCUUAGCUUUGUUCUACGUAUUGUACAUGAUUUGCUUCACAAUGUGUUGUGUCUAUCGGCCCCUGAAAAAGCGGAGCUGUAACAAAACAAGUGAAAGAGACAAUGUGAUAUUCAUUCAGAAACUGUUGCAGGAAUCUUAUAUCACUCCAGAGGAUGACCUCAGAUUGGUGGGUGAACUCAUCACUGUGAUUGGGGCCAUAGUCAUCUUGAUACUGGAGAUUCCAGAUAUUGUCAGAGUUGGAGCCACCAAGUACUUCGGACAAACGAUUCUUGGAGGACCUUUCCAUGUAAUCAUCAUCACGUAUGCGUGUAUGAUCCUGGUGACUAUGGUGAUGCGUCUCACCAGUACCACUGGAGAAGUGGUCCCGCUGUCCUUUGCUCUGGUGCUUGGCUGGUGCAAUGUCAUGUACUUUGCACGAGGGUUUCAGAUGCUGGGUCCUUUCACCAUCAUGAUCCAAAAAAUGAUCUUUGGGGACCUCAUGCGCUUCUGCUGGCUAAUGGCGGUAGUGAUCCUUGGCUUUGCAUCUGCUUUUUAUAUCAUCUUCCAAACGGAAGAUCCUGAUGAGCUGGGCCACUUCUACAACUACCCCAUGGCACUCUUCAGCACUUUUGAGCUCUUCCUCACCAUCAUAGAUGGACCAGCCAACUAUGAAGUGGACCUGCCCUUCAUGUAUGGGAUCACCUACUCCGCCUUUGCUGUCAUUGCCACCCUCCUGAUGCUUAACCUGCUGAUUGCCAUGAUGGGUGAUACGCAUUGGCGUGUGGCCCAUGAACGGGAUGAGCUUUGGAGAGCUCAGGUUGUUGCCACAACAGUCAUGCUAGAACGUAAACUUCCACGAUGCCUCUGGCCUCGUUCAGGGAUCUGUGGAAAGGAAUAUGGACUGGGUGACCGAUGGUAUCUCAGGGUUGAACGUCGCUGUGAAAUGUGGAAGCCGAAAAUAAAAGCAUAUGAACCCCACAGAAGGGAUGCCUUUGAAAUGUACUUGAAAGGCAAGAAAGUUCUACCCACAGAUUACAGUGGACAGUUUUUCUCAAAGAAGCAUGAGCCAUUUGGCACUCCUGACACACUGAAUUCAUCACAGAGGAGCCCUGGUUGUGGCUGGAACAUCUUGCGGCGCAGCAAACUCAGCCAAGGGCCAGGGCACAUCAAUUAUGGCAUGGAAGAGGAGGAAGUCUACCAUGUCUGA